CUCGGCGUAUAUUGCCCGGAUUCGGGCUGCAUAUUGAAAACGCAUGACAGUACGAUGAAAGAAAUCCGAUUUACUAAACUGCGAACAGAUUUCCUUAUUCCACAGAUAAUAAACAAUUGCGUACUACAUAUACUGCAUACGUACAUAUACACAGAUUGGUCAUAAAGGGAAACUUGAAAGUACAUAUUGUGAACAGGAAACCUUGGUUCAAGGGACCCAGAGACUUCUAUCGUUCACUACAUAAAUAGUUUUCUGAACUGCGUAGCACUUUAAACAAACAAAAUGCACAAACAUUGUUCUGAGCUUAAUACAUAGUCAUCGAAAACGGUGAUAAAUUCUUCCCUAUUUGCAGUUAGACAUUUAGACCUCUUAUUUUCGGAAUAUGUUGACAAAGAUUAAACCAAUAUAAUCAUAAUGCAUUUCUGGAUUGAUAAGCGAUCCAGCCAACUUCACAAUUUCGGUGGAGGAAAUCGUGGCCGUGUCCCUGGUCCAGGAGGAUUUUACACACGAACAUUUGGAACCACGACAUCCGGUCGACACCACCACCCACCACCCCUCCUUCGAUCGACUUCCACCUCUUCACCCUCUCAAACCCCUCCUACCUCUACGCAAAGUCAUUUUCGAUCGCUAACAACAAAUAACACUGGUGCCACAAGUUCUAACAAUGGAGCCCAUAACUCAUGCACUAAUACGACAAUAGUACCUUCACAACAAAUGUCUUCUCAACCCCACAACAAUUCCAGCUUCGGGCAUUCUUCUCAUUCCCAGCAUUUUAACAUGAACCCCUUGGACAGAGGGAAUAAUACAAUUCCGACUAAUCACAACUUUGACAUGUUUGUCCCUCCGUCCUCCCAACAACAAAAUACGUCUCUCCGACUUCAUGGUGUGCGACAAAUGGGGGGAGGAUCGCCAUCCUCGCUGCAAAUGGGUAGCAACUUUGGACCGCAAGGUCAAGGGGGAAAUCAACAGCUGGGUGGGAAUCAUGAGAUGAUUAACUACAUGUCGACUGGGGCGGACCCAGUGAUUGGUCUUUCAGGUCAAUACUACCUUCGCUCCAACAACAAUACAAUGCGGGGCAGCAUGGGUUCUUCUGGUAGUCGUCGUCCCAGAUCACACAACAGUGGUCAUUCCGCUUCUUCUGGAUUACCAGGAGGUACAGGAAGGCGAAGGUCAUCUUCCAGUUCUGGGGGUUUCAACCAAAGACGGUCCUCCGUGAAUAGGUGGACAUAUGACCCUUAUAAUAUCAGUCAUCAUCAACAAAGUCGGCAUUCUCAGCAGGCACAGAUGUGGCCUGAUGGAAGGCAAGGAUUUAUGGAUGUCACAUCCUCCAACAAUUUGGCCACUUCUCCUCACGGAAUAUUAAACGUGAACCCUGACUUAUCUGAGUCACAAGUCCGCUCAGCCGUGUUGGGCACUUCGACAACCAGCACGGGCACGAAUUCGAUGGUCGACCCCGCCUGGAAACGGACGAAACGGAUUGGUCUCACCCUUUGCUUCAUGGCGUUCAUCCUCCUCUCCACCGUGGCUGCCAAAUUUGUCAUCGAAGGGCCGUGGUUGAUCGACAAAACGCCUCGGAGCGAACGGACGGAAGCCACCAUUUACUUUUUCCUCACCGAAGUCAUUUUUAUCCUGUUCGCUAUGGGAUUGUUUUUCGCUGGAGUUACCUGUCUUCGAAAACGAACAAACGCUUAUCUGCUCCGCCAGUUUAACGAGUACAUUCUGCAAACCUCUCCGCAUGGGACGGGUCCAAUGGGCUCGCCAAAUUAUUUCGGAAGAGGAACUAACGGGGAAAUGAGUGGGAUUGGUAUUGGGGGACCCAGUUUGCAACACCAAGCUGCACACACGGGUGGGAUGAUGGGGAUGAACCCGAAUAUUGGGGGCGAUCGUCCCUUCUUGGGACCUCACUACCUCCCAUCGCUUGAAAACCACUUAAUAAAUAUGCACAUUAGCGUCGCAGAGUCCUCCAACUUUGUCAUGAGUGGUCUCUCCAAGCCGCCUCCGUACCAUAUUGCGCUAUAUCUCCCCGUGCCGGACGAGUUGUGCGAAAUUACCACCUCGACUGGAUCCAAAGAAGCCACACCGGAACCCAAACCACGCCAACCGCAACAGCACAAUAGCCAAUCGUCAUCAUGGAUCUCUUCCUGUUUAGUGGACAACGAAGAAACCCUCAAGACUGACGAGGAUUCGGCAGAUGACGAUGACAACGACGGUGUUGAAGGGAGACCAAGGAAAAAACGUCGCAGAGAUGAUGAUCACGAUGGACGUUCCGAAACUCCGCCACCGCCGUACGGCCAACUCAAGUAGGAACCCGGAAGUGUAAUAAAUGGCCGAAUGGAAUGGAUAUAAACGGUUAUUUACUGUACGAUGACGACAACCGCACCGUAUUCCCCAAUUGCUCGCCUGUGGCAGACUUUGAAAAAAAUUCCGUGAUUCCUACACUUUUUAAUAUCUAAGUUCGAUACAGCGAUUCUCUGAUGACGAGAUGAGAUGUUGUAUCGCAUUCUUCGUACGUACAUCAAUUUCUCGACAUGAAUCAAUCAAAUAUCAAAACUAUCCUUAUCUAGACAUCGGUUUCUUUAUAAAUCUAUCAACAUCACCCUUUUAGAAUCAUCCUGUUGUCAAGUUGAUGUCCCGUUCCUUCCAUAUCAGUGAAAACAAAUUCCUUUCUUCUCACUGUGAAUGGUGUAUAAAAAAUGGACAAAUUGUAUAUUUGUUACCAGUGAGAGUCACUCAGUCAGCCAGUCCAUAUAUUUAAGUGCCAUACCUUUGUACAUGAUUCAUUAUACUGCUAUUUGCUUGCAGCUUUUGUGAGCUAAUUCAUACGUAUCGAGUGAAAUCAAAUUGUGAGAAGUGGAAGAAAGGAUACAUAAAAUAUCUCCGGAUUCAAUCUCACUUUUUCCUCUUUUACAAUUCUUUUAACAACGAGUUCACAGCCAAUGGCAUAUAGUUCGUUAACUUGUUUUGUAGUAAGUGAAAGACGGACAUGGAGAUUAAUCAGUCCAUCAAAUUUUGAGAUGUAUGCAUGCAUUGCAUUCUUAUUACUUGAAAAGUACAAGUACUUACUUACCAGGCAAGAUUUCGUCGGAUAGGCGCAGCAUGAAUUGGUUAUAAUUAUUAUUUUUACAAAGAUGCAGUUAUUUUGGCACAAUAAGUUCAGUCAGUGGAAUAAAAAGCAAUCUGUGCAGUUUUUCAUGGUGGUAGUGAUGACGGAGAGAUGUCCGUUAGCAGAAAGGCUAACAAAUCACAUUUUUAACAAAUCCCUUCUUUGAAACUGCCCAGGCACUCUUUUUAUAGCAAGACCACCUGGAUUGCAUGAAUUAUUUCAAGUAGAGUGAACAAUACAAAGGACGCAUUGUUCUUGCUUCGUUCGUAAAUUAAGACUCCGAAAUCUAUUAAAUUAUUAAAACAAUACACAAAUACCCACCAAUCGCCAGUUGGAUUUGAGAUUGUAUAUUAUGUAUUAUUACGAUUAUUGCAAUGCGAAUCUCUGGAAAUAAAUUAUAUUUACUAUUUAGGAUCUGAUUUGAUCGAUCGAUUUAAUGAUCAAUUCCACAAAGCAAAUAUGUGUAUGAACGAAUGCGAGCGAGCUUUACACUAAUUAUUGUAAAUUUUUGCAUGUCAAUGUGAUUAUUAAAAUGACUUGUUGUUGAAAUGCACCUAAAUAAAUAUGUGUUUAGAUUAUUCUUAUACUUAAUUAAGUAUGUAUUAGUGAACUUUGGGCGUGAUGUUCUUCUCGCUCUUUACAAUAUCAAGGAAACAAGAUGAUUCUGGUGAUUACAAAGUAGAUACCGAAAAUGAAAUAGAAUUUAACCAAGUAAUUAAACCGUCUUCACCUUUUAAUACCAUUCAUCUUCCAUUGUAAGAAUUUGCAUGCAUGCAGCUGGUAUAGGAAUAUAUGUGACUAUUGAAGAUCGUAUAUGCGUACAUACGUGGUGAUGAUGUGCAAAGGAAUAAAUCAUUUUGUCCCAUUA